UCGCGCCCGGCUGGCCGCCUCCCCCCACCGGGGCCCCACGCGAGUGCCCCCCGCCGCUCGCACCAUGCCGCGCUCCUUCCUGGUGAAGAAGAUCAAAGGCGACGGCUUCCAGUGCAGCGGGGUGCCGGCCCCCACCUACCACCCCUUGGAGACCGCCUACGUGCUGCCUGGCGCCCGCGGGCCUCCCGGGGACAACGGUUACGCCCCGCACUGCCUGCCGCCCAGCCGCUACGAUGGCGACCAGAAGCCCGGCCUGGAGCUGGCGCCGGCCGAGCCCGCGUACCCGCCCGCGGCGCCGGAGGAGUACAGCGACCCGGAGAGCCCGCAGUCGAGCCUGUCGGCGCGCUACUUCCGCGGCGAGGCGGCCGUGACCGACAGCUACUCCAUGGACGCCUUCUUCAUCUCGGACGGGCGCUCGCGGCGGCGUCGGGGCGCGGGCGGCGCGGACGCCGCGGGCCCCGGAGACGCCGGCCACGCGGCCGGGGAACGCUCGGGGCGUCCCGGGCCGCCGGCGGGGGGCGGGCACCGGCACGCGUGCGCGGAGUGCGGCAAGACGUACGCCACGUCGUCGAACCUGAGCCGCCACAAGCAGACGCACCGCAGCCUGGACAGCCAGCUGGCGCGCAAGUGCCCGACGUGCGGCAAGGCGUACGUGUCCAUGCCCGCGCUCGCCAUGCACGUGCUCACGCACAACCUGCGCCACAAGUGCGGCGUGUGCGGCAAGGCCUUCUCGCGGCCCUGGCUGCUGCAGGGCCACAUGCGCUCGCACACCGGCGAGAAGCCGUUCGGCUGCGCGCACUGCGGCAAGGCCUUCGCCGACCGCUCCAACCUGCGCGCGCACAUGCAGACGCACUCGGCCUUCAAGCACUACCGCUGCCGCCAGUGCGACAAGAGCUUCGCGCUCAAGUCCUACCUCCACAAGCACUGCGAGGCCGCGUGCGUGAAGGGCGCCGAGCCGCCGCCCCCGCCGCCCGCCCCCGCCGGCCCCUCCAGCUGA